UAUUUUUUUAAACACAUUUUACCCUAUAAUACAAUUUGUUGGUUUUAAAAUCAUUUAAAAAAAGUUAAAGCUAAAAUAAACUAUAAUACCAUUUUUGUAUAUUGAGUUUACUAUUGCAUGAGGCAGUGGCGCCAACUGCGGAACAGCUAAGUCAGCGGCGCCUGUUAUAUCCUUUGGCGGAGGAACGGAAAUUCCUAGACCCCCACCUAUAUCUGGCUGAUGACGGCCGCGAUUUGGAAAGGGACAGCGAAAUCAGGGACCCCUUAUUAAGACCCCUUUCCCUUAAUAGGAAAACUCUGAGGCAGAGUUGACUUGUUUUGGUUUCAAUCCGGAAGUAAUCCAAGAACCGCAGACUGCAACCUUGGGGAAGCCAUCAGAAGGCUAUUCAGUCGAAUCUCCCGCCAAUCAGUUUGAAUUUUUAUCAAACCAAACAGCCACUUACUCAUUAUAGGAAAGAAAAGGGGCAACAUUGCGAUGAACGAUUCGCGGGAAUCACUUGGGUGCGCUUUGCAGAAAAAUUCCGCAUCCCCUGUAAAAUUGUCGCUCUCAACGGAAAGCCAGGAGCUCAACACUGACGAGAAAUUCCUCGAGAUGAUCAAACCCCAAAUGACGGAGAUGAAUCCUCGCCAGAAGAUGAUGUUCAAGAAAAGGUGUUUCAAUCGCUCAUAGAGACCUUUGAUGAUGCCACUGACUUUCCAGAGUCCGGAGAGCUUUGUUUCUCUGAUAUUAACACUCUGUCUGGCUUUGAGCUCGUAUCGGAUCCGGAGUUACAGCUGUUUAGGGAGCUGGUUAGCCUGGUAAGUGCGGCCAAGGUGACUUCUACGCCACCGUCACCUCGAGGGCCAUCUUCAAGCGCACCCACAACCAGUGCCGGCGGAAAGCCGGCAGCACCAGAAGUGUCGCGACAAACGCGGAUUAUGCCCCGUGAAAUGGUUCAGAGGGUUAUUAAGCCGGGCUCGUCAGUAGAGGUGACGACUACUCCUAUCAUGAUCGGACCGGGGCAUGAAAAGAUGCCUUACAGUAUCCUUGAGAUGAAUGGCAAGUCGAAUGGAUAUAAAGGCGCUUCGAUGGAGGAGUUACGCCCCAAAGAAUCUUCCGUGAGUGGUACAUCUGGGGCCAUCAAGGUGGUGCAUUCCGUCGUCAGUCCCCGGGCAACCUCCGUUGUGGCGGCUGUAAGGUACCAAGACUCUAGCAUGAACACCUUCUUCGGCCAGCCGCCCAAUGUGUCGGCCAUUAAGACUGCUCAGCCGGGAAAGUUGAGUAUGUCCCGCCGCUACACCAUUUGCGGAGCGGGCAAUACUCCUCCGGUACCACCUAGUGGUCAGAUGCCCGACAAUGCCAGUUCUCUCAUCUCCAACCUAAGCCCAGUGGUGGAGGCUACCAUCCUGAAGCGUCGCCUCGAAGCUCCCACCCUGGGUCUGAAGCCACUUGGAGGAAAUGUGUCCGGCACUAAUAAACAGCUUUCGCCCGUCAUCGGAUCAUCGACUCCGACAAAGACUCUACAGAUCACCAAUGUCCAGGGCAGCGCUUUCAACUACUUUUUCCAGGCUAGUACUGAAUCAUCUGUGCCUUCGAGUCCGGGUUUGGGAGAGGCCAGCGGCUAAAGCGGCCAUGAAAGGCAACAUGAUCGUGGCCAACACCAAGUACCCUGGCGCAAAUUAGGCUGCUGCUCGGUCUGCACAGAGUCGCAGUGAUUCAACAAAGACAGUGGCCACAAGUGCUGCGGGAGAUUUCUCCCUAGGCAGCCUGAAGCGGGUGCCACUAGAUAACAUGUUGGAUAUGGACAUUCUGGGCAUCUAAAGAUGGCAUUUUGGGCAUCCUCAAAAUAUAUAACCAAACCGAAUCUUAAAGAUUUAAGAAAACAUUAAAUAUUGCAUUACAUUAGUAAUUCCGUAACGAGUUCAACUUUUAAAUUAAUAUUCAAAAAACAAAAAUUGAGGACAGAACUCUUCAUUUCAUCCAGACACAUUUGGGCAAACUCAAUGAUCAUGUUGAAAAGCUAUUAUUUUUUUGACACAAUGUCUAAGAAAUACCGAAUUUUUCUGUAGAAAAAGCCAACUUGUCCUAUUAUAACGAAACUAUUUAUAUUAGGAAUUGUAUCCCUCAUUUCACUUAAUUUUAAGCUACUAAUUAUAGAAAAGCUAAUUCAAGUAAAUUUUUUUUGAAUAUA